AUGAACACACAAGGAGGGAAACAGGGGAUGACACCUGAGGAGCAGGAAAAGAAAAUACAACACAGAAGAACUAUUGACUAUUUUACACCGAUGGGAAAGAUGAUGAUUCGUAAAAAUGUGUAUAAUAGGAGAAAAACGAGGCAACCGUUGGGACAUAUAAGACCUGAGAUGUCAUAUCUUACAUACCUACUUCCACCAUUCAAAGAACAACCUGCUAUAUAUGAUGUUGAGACAAAAUUUGUUCACGUGUCGACUAAUAAGGCAAGGCAUGCUAUACAUGCUAUUAAAUGGACACCAGAUGCAAAGCGAGUUUUGGUUUCUUCCUACUCUGGAGAGUUCACACUUUGGAAUGGCAUGACGUUCAAUUUUGAGUCUAUUAUGCAGGCCCAUGACUCGGCGAUCUUUGCUUUACAAUAUAGUCAUGAUGGUGAUUGGUUGAUCAGUGGUGAUCAAGAGGGUACAAUUAAAUAUUGGCAGCCGAACUUCAAUAACGUGAAUAUAUUGCCCAAAUCGCACGAUAAUGCAAUUCAGGGCUUGGCAUUCUCACCAAACAGCUCCAAGUUUGUCAGUUGUUCUGAUGAUCAGAUGCUUAAGAUAUGGAACUUUAGUACCGCACAGCAAGAACGUGUAUUAAAAGGUCAUCACUGGGAUGUUAAGUGCUGUGAUUGGCAUCCAAGUCUUGGAAUAGUUGUUAGUGGCUCAAAGGAUAACUUGGUCAAAUUUUGGGAUCCACGUGAUGCCACCUGUAUUACCACUAUGCAUGAUUUUAAGCACACAGUUACAAAAGCCCAGUUCCAACAGAUUGGUAACCAGAGACUCAUGGCUGCCUCAUCACGUGAUCAUUCUACCCGUGUGUUCGAUCUUCGCACAAUGAAACCAUUAUUAUCAAUACGAUCUUUCAAUGAUACGGACAUGACUGCAAUGUCAUGGCACCCAGUUCAUUCGUCCAUUCUUUCAAUCGGCGGAUACGAUGGUUCUUUAUCUACAUAUGAUCUUGGCAAGGCAAUUGAUCCACAGAUUGUUACUGAUGAUAGUUCUAUAAGCACAGAUGCCCAACCCAAUACAAUCUCGCCACUCAACUUUAAAGAAUUUCAUGUGAAAAGUAUUACCGAGCCGUUGAGCCGGAUACCGUAUGCACACGAUAAAGCAAUAUAUACGAUUGAGUAUCAUCCUCUUGGUCAUUUGCUGUGUACUGCUGGAGCGGAUAAAUCGCUUAGGUUUUGGUGUAGGGGAAGACCAAACGAUCCACUUGCUUUCAAAGAUACUGCAUACACUGGAGAAAGCUGGGCCGAAAAACAGCAACAUUUCAUGCAGAGAGGAUACAAACAGGAAGAAGAAGGAGAAGAAAUGCAAGAAGAACAGGAAACACAGACUGCAGCUCCUUCAGAGCCAGCAUUUCCGGGUUUCAGUAUACCUGGCUUAUCUGGUUAA